AUGCAAACGCAUAAAGAAGGGAAAUGUCGUUUGCCUUGUAAAGUCUGUGGAAAAAUCAUUAACAAAGAUUCACUUAAGCAACAUCUUGAUGGUGUCCAUUUAAACAUUAAACCAUAUCGGUGCGAAAUUUGUCGAAACACAUUCACUACAAAAUCCAACCUUGUUCAUCACAUGAAAAUGCAUAAAGAAUUGAAAUGUCGUUUGCCUUGUAAAUUCUGUGGAAAAAUCAUUAACAAAGAUUCACUUAAACAACAUCUUGACAGUGUGCAUUUAAACAUUAAACCAUAUCAAUGCGAUAUUUGUGGAAAAACAUUCCCUAGUAAAUUCAGUGUUGGUCGUCACUUAAACAACCAUGAAGAGUUUCUGUCAAAGCAUCUUACUUGUGCAUUAUGUGGAAGAAUGUUUAGAACAGAAGAACACUUGAAUAAACAUAAGCGGCGUCCAUGUCGUCUACCUUGUGAGGUUUGUGGAAAAAUUCUAAGAUAUUAUACACUCAAACAACACCUGAAUAAAGUUCAUUUGAACCUUAAACCAUAUCAGUGCGAUAUUUGUGGAAAAGCAUUCAAAGAUAGGCCCAUCAUUGUUAAUCAUAUGAACACACAUAAAGAAUUUAGAACAAGAGAUUUCCGUUGUCAAAUUUGUGGAACUUCUUACCUGAAUAAAAGAGACAUUGAAUUUCAUUUAUUGAAUCAUCACGAAGGACCCAAGCAUCUUACUUGUUCAUUAUGUGGAAGAACGUUUAGGACAGAAAAAGGCUUGAAAAACCAUAAGUUGCUUCCUCAUCGUUUACCUUGUGAGGUUUGUGGAAAAAUGUUUCGAAAGAAUGCACUCCAACAACAUCUUAAUGUUGUGCAUUUCAAUAUUAAGCCAUAUCAGUGUGAUAUUUGUGGAAGGAAAUGCUCCAAAGAACAUCUUGCUCAUCACGUGACUACACAUAUCGGUUUAGAACACAGAACAAAACACCUGAAUAGAGUUCAUUUAAACAUUAAACCAAAUCAGUGCGAAAUUUGUCGAAAAACAUUUUCUAAUAAGUCCAACCUUGUUCGUCACAUGAAAAUGCAUGAAGAAUUGAAUUGUCGUUUGCCUUGUAAAGUCUGUGGAAAAAUCAUUAACAAAGAUUCACUUAAGCAACAUCUUGAUGGUGUCCAUUUAAACAUUAAACCAUAUCGGUGCGAAAUUUGUCGAAACACAUUCACUACAAAAUCCAACCUUGUUCAUCACAUGAAAAUGCAUAAAGAAUUGAAAUGUCGUUUGCCUUGUAAAUUCUGUGGAAAAAUCAUUAACAAAGAUUCACUUAAACAACAUCUUGACAGUGUGCAUUUAAACAUUAAACCAUAUCAAUGCGAUAUUUGUGGAAAAACAUUCCCUAGUAAAUUCAGUGUUGGUCGUCACUUAAACAACCAUGAAGAGUUUCUGUCAAAGCAUCUUACUUGUGCAUUAUGUGGAAGAAUGUUUAGAACAGAAGAACAUUUGAAUGAACAUAAUUCACGUCCAUGUCGUCAUAGAAGAAAAGUAUUAAGAAAGUUAAAUGAACGUCAUAGCGUGGACUCAAGUAAGCAUGAUCCUUGA